GUCAUUAUAUCCUUCUGUAAUAGAAACCAUGUAAAAAAUAGCUAGUCGUAUUCUGAUAAAUAAAUAAUGUACGUACGUCAUGUUAUUAUAAGGGGGGACUUGUUGAGUGACGCAUCGACAGCAUUUAUUAGACAGGGGUCUCUGAUGUCUUCCACAGUGAGUCUGCGUCUUCUCCACUGCUAUUCAAAGCCAGGCAAGUUAGGAUGUGGUCUUUGUCGCCUAUUCAGUCUCACCGUCCAGAGAGAGAGCUACAAGUAUGUGAAUGCUCAGGAGCUGCCGACAGACCUGAGGUCCAUCACCGACCGGGCUGCAACAACCCUCCUGUGGACAGAACUCUUUAGAGGUCUGGCGAUGACUAUGAGUUACCUGUUCCGGGAACCAGCCACCAUCAACUACCCGUUUGAGAAGGGCCCUCUGUCCCCCCGCUUCAGAGGAGAGCACGCCCUCCGCCGCUACCCUAAUGGAGAGGAGCGCUGCAUCGCCUGUAAGCUGUGUGAGGCCAUCUGCCCUGCUCAGGCCAUCACCAUUGAAGCUGAGACUCGAGCCGAUGGAAGCAGAAGAACCACACGCUAUGACAUUGAUAUGACCAAAUGUAUCUACUGUGGCUUCUGCCAGGAAGCCUGUCCUGUUGAUGCCGUCGUUCAGGGUCCAAACUUUGAGUUCUCCACAGAGACCCACGAGGAGCUGCUGUACAACAAGGAGAAGCUUCUCAACAACGGAGACCAAUGGGAGGCUGAGAUAGCAGCCAACAUACAGGCCGACUACUUGUACAGAUAGAUGUGUAACUGUGUGCAAAAAUGUUUCAAAUGGUAUAUAUUUUAUCGUCCUCCAUUGCAUUAAAGAGGUUAUUUGUAGCGUUAAAGAUAUUCUUUAUGAAUAAAGAAUGAGCAGUGAA